AUGGUUUUCAAGACAAAUGUUUUGCUUAUAACAAUUUGUUUGUUUGUGCUUAUGAUAAUGUCUUUAGAGGUUGAUGCAAGGGACAUGCCUGCUGGCCCUUCACUUCCAUUACUCAAAUCAAAAGAAGCUCAGGACACAGGUGGGCCAUUGAAUGACCAAAUUAGGCCCCAAUGGAUUGGGCCUGUAAUUCAGAUAGGAAAAAAUCUGGGUCAAACUGCCCUAUCUUUGUGCCUAGAUUGCGAUUGCUGUUGGCCUGAAUCAUAUUCCCCCUAGUUAGUACUAUAUUACUAAAAUAAAAUAAUAUAUACUCUUGUCAAAUAACAUGAGAUUAAAUAAAGGAAAUAUCUGAAUGGUUUGUCCAUUCACUUUGUGUAAUGCAAUUUGCAGUAAAUGUCUUCUUAA